AUGCCUGAAUCUCUCAUCAAAUUAGUUCAAACGCCGGGCGACGCCGCGUUGAUAACGUUCCACGUUUGUCUGGCGACUGCCAGUGUUGUCAGCAACCUGCUGCUGCUGUUGGCUCUGCUGCACUCCAGCGCCCUGUUGAAGUCAAACCACCACCUCUACACGCUGAGCAUCACGAUCAGCGACCUGGUUGUUGGUGCCGGCUGGUUCUACCUCGCGCUCUACGAAGCCAGCGACACUUUCGGAUCCUUUUACAGCCCCGAAAAGGUGCUGUCAACAAUCCACGGCAUCUCUCUCGUCGCCCUCCUGGCUGCCAUGGUGGACAGGUACCUGGCGGUGCAGUAUCCGUUCCGCUACAUACAAAAAGUAACGCGGAUCAAGGUUCUGAUCUUGAUCGGAUUCGUCUGGUUCUGGCCCCUCGUGACGAUAAUCAUCCAGGGCGUAUUUCCUGGAAAAGGAAGCCUUACGUACCAAGGCUACUCCACAAUGACCUUUACGAUCCUGAUGCUCGGCAUCAUGGUGAUUCUGAACGCGAGACUCUACGCCGUCAUCAGGCGGCAGCAGAAGAGGGAGCCGCAGGCCGACGGAGGGACACGGCACAACUCCGCCUCGCUCAUCGUCGUCGCGUCGACCCUGUUCAUCGUCCUGUGGUUGCCCAACAUCGCGCACGUGUGCACCUGCUUCGCCUUCAAGCUCUGCCUCAUCAUCUCCAACAACGCGACUAAUCCGUUCGCCAUCCUACGCAUGGCGAACACCCUCACCACGCCGCUCAUCUUCCUCUUCGGAAGCCCCAUGACCAGGGACUCCGUCAAGACACUGGUGCGACGUCUCAGAUUUAAAAGGUGA